AUGAUUCCAUUAAAAGAUAAUCAAGAUGUUGCAUCAUUUCUUGUCACCAAACACUCAUGGAAGGGGAAGUAUAAAAGAGUGUUUUCUAUUGGAACUCAUGGUAUCACAACCUAUAAUCCAGAUAGAUUAGAAGUAACAAAUAAAUGGUUGUAUUCUGAUGUAGUGACAAUUUCCUCAUCAAAGCAUUCUAACUCUACCACCAAUCAUGACUUUACUCUGGUUAUGAAGAAGGAAAAGAAAAUAGAUUCCAUGAAAUUUUCCUCUGAACAUAAAUGUCUUAUUCUAACAGAAGCUUUUAAAUAUCGAAACCAGUUUGCUGAAAAACCAAAGGAUGUAUAUAGAUAUCAAGCCUACAAACACCAUUGGAGUGGUACUCGUCUACCUAUAGUGCUUGAAGUAGGACCCUGCUCUCUAGAACAACUGGAUCCCUCUACACACACAUUACUCGCCAGCUACCCAUACAAUGAUAUCCAAGGAAUACUACCUGUUAAAGAUGUUCCCGGUGGUUUUGUGAUAGCUCUUGGGGGAUAUAGUCGCUUACACAUGUUCUCCAAUGUAAUGGACCAUCAAGGAAUUGUAAAUAAAAUGUUGGAAAUGGCAAAUCUUACACUCAAUAUAAGCAUUAAAGUUCUAUCAGCCAUGAUCACACUUGAUGACUGCCACAAUCAGAGAUUUGGAAAGUAUAGUGGCGACCAACAUCAGACAUCUUUGAGUGAAUUUUUAGUUCAUAAAGUGAAUCCUGCCAGGCAUAUGGAACCAAUGCGGCGGACGUUGUGUCUAUCUGAUACUUGUAUUUUGGAAAGAGAUCCACAAACGUAUUCUGUAGUUUGUUUGCGACCGUUAAGCGACGUAUUUGCGUUGGUUCGAGACCCUGAUCAUCCACAAAAGUUUUCAAUCGAGUAUUUAAACGGACAAAUGAGAACAUAUCUUGCAGGAGAUAGAGAUGCAUUGCUAGCGUCUCUACUAGAUGGUGUACGUGGCUCUGGCCAACGGGACGUACACGUACGUAUGACGCGUACGCCGCGCGGCUAUCGACUGGGCCCGUUACAUCAGCCCGUUGAUGAGGAAACAGAGUCAAAUCAUUUGCGGCUUUUCCAAAAUCCAGUGGGUAUGUCACGAGUGGAAGUUAUUGAACGUUUCAACUCUAACAUUGGAUACAGCGGCCUCAUAUACUCAGUCAGUCAAGACCGUCUCUUUUCGGAGAACAAAGAAAAGUUGAUAACUGGUGCACUGAUCGCGUUGGUUAGUAGUGCGCCCUCUGGGUCUAAUCUCACGCCGCGUGAAUUGGAAGCACAGUUUCACGCGCUAAGACGAUUGUGCGCUAGCAAAGUUGGAUUCGCUGCGUUUACAGCGUUGCCUGGUUUUCGCGAAUGGAUAGGCAGUGCUGUUGUAUCCGCAUUGAGACGCGAAUCUGCCGCGUGUUCGCACGCUGCUUUAGAAGCUGUAUGUGCACUCUUGCAACCGAUGCACGCUGAACCCGAUCUGAGACAGGAACAGCUGAAUAAAGCCAGUAUGCUGUCCUCUCAGCCAUUCCUGGAGGGACUACUGUCUAUGUGGGCACAGCAUAUUACUGCAGGUAGUGGCGCCCUUGUAGUAGGAGCAAUGUUGGAUUUCCUUACAUUCGCGUUAUGCGUGCCAUACAGCGAGACAACAGACGGAAAACAGUUUGACCAGCUUCUGGAAAUGGUCGCAACAAGAGGACGGGUUAUAUUUAGACUUUUUGAGCACCCGUCUCAUGCAAUAGUGAAAGGUGCUGGACUAGUAACGAGGGCGUUAGUCGAAGAAGGCAGUGGUGGGGUUGGUACCAGGAUUCAAGGCCUGGCGUUAGCCGAAGCGGCCCUGCCCAGACAUUUACUUACAGCUCUAUACGACCAGACCAGACCGCGGCAUGGCAACUUGGCCAGACUACACCACAGGCAUUUGGCAAGACAUCUGGUUGCUCUGUGGCUGGUUGAUCAUCCACCUGCAGCGGAUUUGUUGAGGAGAAUCAUGCCAUCAGGUCUUCUAGCGUUUCUAGAAUCGGCUGAUGCUCCUCCAGCGGCCGUGUUAGAAGAGGAAGCAUUGCAGGAACGUGAUAACUUACAAUUAGCUCAGGCGGUGACGAAAUCACGGACGGGCAAACAUUGGGAUGCUGUUAAGUACGUGGAGAAACAUUUGGAGCAUUACGCCUCAAUGGCUCUACAGCACUGGGCCCAAAGGGCUCGCAGUACGGACCCUCGGAAGGAGAUACAAGCGCGUCCAGUAGUAUUGCGCAGACGCAGGGAACGACUCAAAUCAACUGCUAAUUGGCCGUUAUUCUACUACCAGUUUCAUAAGGAUCACGCUUUGCCUAAUCUCAUUUGGAAUCAUACCACAAGAGAAGAACUUCGGAAUGCCCUUGAAAAAGAGCUCCGAGACUUCUCAGCUGAUAGAGAAGUAGCUGGAACUACUCUCACAUCCUGGAAUCAUGCCGAGCUAGAAGUCCAUUACCAGUGCCUUCAGAAUGAGGUCAAAAUUGGUGACUACUAUUUGAGGAUACUGCUGGAACAGAAGGAUAAUGAUGACAGUCCUAUACGGAAGUCGUACGAAUUCUUCAAUGAUCUCUAUCACCGGUUUUUGUCAACACCAAAAGUGGAAAUGAAAUGUAUGUGUUUGCAAGCGAUGACUAUUGUGUAUGGGCGGUACUACGAGGACAUUGGCCCCUUCGCCGACACUAAAUACAUUGUGCAAAUGUUAGAUAGAACAUGCGAUAGAAUGGAGAGGGAUAGACUGGUGCAGUUCCUAGCGAAAUUAAUAUUACAUAAGAAGAAUGUUAGUGAAAUUUUAGAAUGGAAUGGUAUACGGAUUCUAGUUGACCUCAUGACUUUAGCACAUUUACAUACAUCGCGCGCGAUGGUGCCAACUCAAUCAAACGUCAUCGAAGGCCCAGCGCAGACGAGCGAUGGAGAUAGAGAGUGGUAUUAUAAUCUGGAGAAAGGAGAGAAGGUCGUCAGAAAGGGCCCUGUUAGUUUUCAACAGCUAAAAGAUCUAUACAAAUCAGGGGAAAUCAACAACAAGACGAAAUGCUGGGCCAACAGCAUGGAAGGUUGGAGAGCAGUGGCCGGUAUACCACAACUCAGAUGGAGCAUUGCCGCUCGAGGACCACCAGCCCUCACUGAGACGGAGUUGGCAGCGACUGUACUUGAUUUACUUAUAACCUGCUCUAAGUAUUAUCCUAGCAGGGAUGAAGAAGACGCAGUAAUAAGACCUCUGCCGAGGGUGAAGCGGCUGUUAUCGGAACCGGCUUGUUUGGCGCACGUCGUACAACUCUUGUUGACCUUUGAUCCUAUACUUGUGGAAAAGGUGGCAACACUGCUAUACGAAGUGAUGCAGGACAAUCCAGAAAUUUCGAAGCUUUACCUCACCGGAGUAUUUUACUUCAUGCUGCUCUAUACUGGUUCUAAUUUAUUGCCGAUCGCCCGGUUCCUGCGACUCACGCAUAUGAAGCAAGCUUUUAGAGCAGAUCAGUCGACAUCCGAUAUAAUGCAGAGAUCGAUUCUUGGUCAAUUAUUGCCUGAGGCGAUGGUCUGUUAUCUGGAGAAUCAUGGCUCUGAGAAAUUCGCCCAAAUUUUCUUGGGCGAGUGGGAUACGCCAGAGGCAAUAUGGAACUCUGAAAUGAGACGCAUGCUUAUAAUGAAGGUAUCAGCGCACAUAGGGGAAUUCACGCCGCGGCUAAGAGCACACAUAGCGGCCCGUUACCCGUACUUGGCGAUCCCAGCUGUCAGAUACCCUCAACUCAGUCACGAGUUGUUCUGCAAUAUGUUCUAUUUGCGUCAUUUGUGCGACGAACACAAGUUCCCGGAUUGGCCUAUACCGGAUUCAGUGGGUCUUCUAAAGGACGUGUUAGAAGCAUGGCGUCGCGAGGUAGAUAAAAAGCCAGCGUCGAUGACAGCGGAACAAGCGUAUAUGGUGCUGGGGCUGAGUGGGAGUGGGCCUCAGGAUGAAGCGGCUGUUCGGAAAGCCUAUUACAAAUUGGCACAGCAGUAUCACCCUGAUAAGAAUCCAGACGGACGGGAUCGUUUUGAGGCCGUAAAUCACGCGUACGAGUUCCUCUGCAGUCGCAACGUGUGGUCGGGAGACGGACCGAACACGAAUAACAUUUUGCUCAUAUUACGCACUCAGACCAUACUUUUCAAGAGAUAUUCUGAAGUACUAGCUCCAUACAAAUACGCGGGUUACAAACAACUCUUGCGCACUAUGCAGUUAGAGACAGAGGGUGAGCAAUUGUUCGCGGAACAAGACGCAUCUGUGGCCCUGUUGCCCGCUGCUGCUGAACUUGCGCAUGCGACUGUACACUGUUCUGCCUUGAAUGCGGAGGAAUUGUGCCGCGAGGAUGGUUUACAGGUCCUAAGUUCGGCUCUGUCCCGCUGUGUAUCAGUGUUGGGUGGAAGUAAAGCGAACAGUACAGCGGCCCGCGUGUGCGCACAUUGCGCUCGUAGCUUCGCUGUUGCUGCCGGUUUUCCUUCUUGUCGGGCUGCUGCUGCUGCUCUGCCAAAUCUUGCUGGAGAUCUAGUGCCACUGCUCAAACGGCCGCAAUUAGGUGAUACAGCGUGCGCGGGCGCCGAAGCCGUUGCGGCGUUAUCAGCGGAACCGACGUGUCGUGUUUUACUAGCGAAGGCCGGUGCCGUUCACGCGCUGUUGCCGCCCGUUCUGCAGUACGACUACACGCUCACCGAAAGUGGUAUGGACACGGAGAAAGCGGCUAGCAAACAGGAGAUCGCUAACCGCCUAGCAGUACAAUGUGUACGCGCAUUGUCCGCAUUAUAUGGACCUCACGAAGAGGCUUCCGCAAUAGACGACAGUGUUAAAGAUGCCCUUCAUCUUCUCCUGACACCAUACCUUUGCUCCAAACUUGCCAAUCCUGAUACGCAUGAGCUCCUAAAAACCCUAACAUCCAAUUGGAGAACGCCAUAUCUUGUAUGGGAUAACAGUACAAGGGCAGAACUACGAGAGAUGCUUCGCGAUUAUCGCUACUUUAGUGAUGAUGAACCUCUUAUAACACCAUUCGAAUAUUCUGCCCAUGAGCGUUUGUUACUUGUUGGUGGGGUCUACUUACAUAUAUACAAUGAGCAGCCAGAGUUUACUAUAGAGAAUCCUCAACAAUUCGUUUUAGACUUGUUGAAGUUCGUAGAAAGCGAAAUACAAAAAGACUUUACGGAUGAAAGGGCAGAACACAUCACCCUUGCGUUGAAUUCGCUCGCCCACUGUAUUAUUAAGAAUCCAGGCGUAGAAAUACAAUGCAACGGCCAGUUCGGUUUAAUCUUCGGCCUUUUAUCUGCUCGGUCUCACCCACCGGUUUGCAUUGCGGCCCUCCGCUGCGUCUCGGCUACGGCUGGUUGUCGCGAGUGUGUGGAAGAUGUUGCCGCGAGCGGCCUUCUGGGACAUUUGUUGCCGCUCCUUGUGGCCUCGCAACAGGUUGAGGCCGUGACCGCCAUGUCCGCUUUGCUUGCCAGUACCGCGCUUGUUAGAGAGGCGUUGGCAAAAGGGGCUGUGAUUUACCUUCUAGACCUCUUCUGCAAUAGCAAAUUACCAGAGAUGAGAGAGGCUGCUAUAGAUUUGUUAGCUAGAAUGAUGUCCGACAAGUUGCAUGGACCUAAGGUCCGCCUAAGUAUAUCCCGGUACGUCCCGGGCGUGUUUGCCGAAGCCAUGCGGGAAGCGGGGGGAGUAAGUGCCGUUCACAUGUUUGACGCUAGUCACGAGCAUCCAGAACUUGUGUGGAGCGACGAGUCGAGGCAACGGGUCCGCCAACUUGUUGCCCAACUAAGAGAUCAACACUUCUCAAGACAAGUCCGCGACCCGUCCGUCCACUUUGAAGACCGUGAAGCAAAUGACAGAAGCGAAGUACGAUGGGCGCCCCCUGGUGAAAUCGUAGUCGGAGAUGUAUACCUCAAACUCUAUCUACAGAAUCCUCAUUGGUCUCUACGAAGCCCUAAGAGGUUCCUACAGGAACUGCUCAGCGAAACUGUUACGGCGUUAGCUAAGGAUACUUCAGAGGGCAGUCGCGGUGACAUUUGUGCGAAGGCCUUAGCGGUGUUGGUCCGAUCUCAGCCGACGAUGGCGGAGGCUUGUGCGCAGUUAGGUGAAGUGCCGAGACUCACCCGCCUGCUCACUUCGUGUCCGAUACACGCCGUGCCCGUGCUGGCUGCCUUGGCUAAUUCACAGGCAUGUGUAGCGGCGUUGUCGCAAACUGAAGUGAUGUCAGGGCUAAAGACGGCUGUGAAGAGUUGUCGCGAAGUGGUCGGCGGUGCUUGUGAGGCGCUCGCUGCUAUCUUUAACAGCUCGGCUAAUACCGAUAAAUUAGUUUUGCAGGCUUUAGACUCAGACCUAAUAGGAGAGCUUCUAUCCCUUCUAGAAAGUGGUAUAGAAGGUGAAACAGCGGCAAGACUAGUGAACGCCCUCAAAGCGAUGGCCCGUUCGAACGCGUACGGCGAACGCGUACGUACAACGCUGGCUAGAUCACGUGUAUGGGAACAGUAUUCUGCGCAGAGGCACGAUCUGUUUAUUACGUCUGCGCCUAAUCAACAUUCGCUUACAGCGGCCCCUCAUUCCGCGGGUUACUUGACAGCCCCGCCCGUCAACAUUCCGGCGCAGCCACCGCCCAUCGACUGA